UCCUGCCUAAGACAUGCGCAGUACGUCCCGCCACACUCAUCAUGGCGGCGGCCGCUGGACGUAACUUCCGCCCGCGGUCGGAAGCACGGGUCCUGCGAACAUGGCAGCGUCGAAGGUGAAGCAGGACAUGCCCCCGCCGGGGGGCUAUGGCCCCAUUGACUACAAGCGGAACCUUCCACGUCGGGGACUGUCGGGCUACAGCAUGUUUGCUGUGGGCAUCGGGACCUUGCUGUUUGGGUACUGGAGCAUGAUGAAGUGGAACCGAGAGCGCAGGCGCCUGCAGAUUGAGGACUUCGAGGCCCGCAUUGCCUUGAUGCCACUGUUGCAGGCAGAGAAGGAUCGGAGGGUUCUGCAGAUGCUGCGGGAGAACCUGGAGGAGGAGGCCAUCAUCAUGAAGGACGUGCCUGGCUGGAAGGUGGGUGAGUCUGUGUUCCACACAACGCGCUGGGUGAACCCCAUAAUGGGCGAGCUCUACGGGCUGCGCACGAACGAGGAGAUUCUCAACGCCGCCUAUGGCUUCACGUGGUACACAUAGGGGCCUGCACCCCUCUGACUCCUGGACCCCUGCACCCUCCCCCCUGGAAAGAAUAAAGGCUCUGGAGACCUGUU